CGGUUAGACAAAUACACUAAGAGUGUACAAUCCAGGAAACGGGGGAAAUCAGAAAUGCAUGUUGUUAAUGCGGCGCCUACCACAGUUUCGUCGAGUGCCAUUAAUGGGAGCAAGAUGGCUAUGUCCGUCCUAACAACUGUGGAGGGAGAGUGUGUAGAUGGUAGACUGCCAGUGGCAAAGCUUAGGAAGGAGAAUGAGGAGAACAUACCCGUUGCAGGGCCUAUCAAGCGCCAACGUUCGAUGAUGAUUCUAGAUUCUAAGGAGGUGCGGCCUGACAAAGGGGAGACCCAAAGAAAAGAUACAAGGGGUGCUUUUGGAACAGCUCCCCAAGGCGGAGGAAUGCCGCUACGGGAGGCUGGGAGGCUGGGUGUGCCAUCAAGUCAAUCCAGCUCGAAGGUGAAGGGCACCCGAGGGCCGAGAGUCUCGUUGCAUACAGAAGGUGUGGCCGAGAGAGUGGUAAGCUCAACAGGCACACCGUCUUCAGGAGGAGGAUUGACAGCGUUGUCGAAGGGAGAAGUAAGGGAUCGGCCAGCUGCCAUUCCUCCUAUCCCAACGGCGAACACCUUGACAAAGGGUGCAUUGAAGAGGAAGCGGUUGUUUCUGGAGCAGCAGGUAUCUCGGACGCCAGCUCACACUGGCAGUGUUAUGGUGCAUGCGUCUGGCAAGUUGGACCGGCCACCUCCUCCUGCACCAGCUGCAGGAAUGGAACAGUCAAACGAAGGGAGUGUGCCUGUUGUGAAGGACAGAGCACAUGGGGGGGGGGCAUUGGAAAGCGGCAUCAUCCGCGAGGAGGCGAAUGGUGGUGCUGUUCCAUCAAAUGGGCCCUGGAAUGGGGUGGAAAUGGAGGCCCACUUGAAGAAGACCAGAAGGGUGUAUCUGCCCCCGAAUGUCGAAAUGAGGACAACAGGGGUGGGGACAGAUUCCGAGGACACAAGGGUAACGGAUGCGGUGCCCAGGAGAGGGUCGCGGCAAGAAGAAGACAAAGGGAUACAAGUCGGUGGCACGUUUGGGUUGGUUCUGAGGAAAGCUGCUGUUCCCGAUGGUGGAGGGAACACGACCUCUCAGGCAAGCCAGACGUCACUGCCAUCAUAUCGAAGUGCAGGCACCUUGAGUGGUGGCAGUGGUGCUGCAGAACCCAUGCACAGAACUGAUACUCUAGGAGGGAUACUAGGAUUGAUGCGAAAAGGGUCAAGGAGCAUCAAGGGAGAAGGAUCGGCAAAAUUACAUGACAAAGAAGGAAUCCUGGUAGAUACACAGAAGGAGAAUGGGGGGAAGCAGGUACGUAGAGGAGGGUUAGGUGAGGUAGCUGUUGGUUUGAAAAAGAGAGAGAACAGAGACAGGGAGAUAAGAGGGAAGGGACCACUCCAGGAGAGGGGAGGGGGAAAGAGAAACCUAGUACAACAGGAAGAGCCAGUGCAAACAGGGCAUGCGCCACACCCACAGCAGAUGGAACAACUACCACAACCGAUGCAUCCCAAGCGAGAUAAUGAGAAAAGGGCAGCAGACACCUGCAAGCAAGCCAGAACUGCACGUGCCAGUUCGGAAACAACACACAGGUCCUCCUCAGCGGAGAGAGGAAUGCCUCUCGCAAGAAGGGGCGUUGAAAAUCGAUAUGCUGAAACACAGGAAGCAUCACCGAACCUUCUCAGUCAGCUCUUAGACACUUGGAGCACAGAGGGUCUGGAUGACUGGCGAGAGGCGCUGAAAACUGUCCCCGAUUCAAGCUACAGUCCUUCCUCUAAUGGUUUCUGGAAGCAGGUCGAACCAUAUUUUUCUUUUGUCAGUGGCAAGGAUUUUACAUUUUUCCAACAGGAGGCCGCUGGGGCUUCUUGUGGCGGUUGGGGGAGCAGUUGUGCUGUAUUGGGCACGUCUGGCGUGGAAGCAGAAGGUGGCAGCAGCCCGCUGGCAAUCGCUGCAGGAUGUGGAGGAAGCGCAAGUAAGCCGAAGGGGGAGACUGUGCAAGGGGCAACCGAUCGGUCAUUGCGCCAUGCGGAAGGCGAUCCUGCGGUGGCGGGAAACGGGGGGGAUCGUAAGGUAGAUAUGGGUCUACCUUUGCAGGGGCAGGCCGAUGACGGUGUAGCUGACGAAGCCUUGAGUGGAGAGAGCAAUAGCACAGUGGUAGAUACAGAUCGGGGCAUGAGGGAUUGGCCCCUCUCACAGAGGUUACUUGCAUGUUUGAUCGAGCCGGAGAGCGGCGAAAGUGUUGUCGGGGGCACGAGCGGCCAUUGUUUGGGGUUGCAGUCACAUCUGAGCCGUACCUGGACAGAUGCGGGGGCGACUUCCACACACCGAGAGGUGAUUAGGUCCAAUAGCAGCAAGGGCUCCAGGCCCGUGUCACAAUUGGCGAGCGAUUGCCUAGACCGAGUCGGCACAGGCGGGGUGAACGGGGCUCGGCAUGUUGGUUCCCAGGGAGCGGGAAGUGUAAGGAAUGGAUCAGGAUGGAAAACAGAUGAAUCCGUUAGCCCAAGCAGAGGGGGCGGUGCGGAUGCCCCCCGUGUGCGUGAUGGCUCCAUUGCAGGGCCGAGUGUGAAGGAUGAGAUGGCCUGGUCAGGAGGGGAGUUGAGUGCUGUGCCAGAAAGGGUGGGAAACAACAGCUGGAGAAAGACGACCUGGCCGUCAAGCAGUGCAGCAGUAGUUAAGGCAGAGGAUGGACAGGACGAUGUGAAGGGGGUCUUUGAGGAUGCGUCCAUAUGCGGUUCGCAAAGUGAAGGCAGGAAAGGUGUCGACGGCCUGAACCAAGCCAGAGACGACUGCGAGGAAAGACUCAAAGCUGAGCUGCGAAGCAUUGGAUUGUUCGUAGAUGAAGAGGUCCAUCAGCAGGCAUCGGGUGAGGUUGAUGAGACUCUGCGGAUUCUGCGAAUGGAGCUAUCCGAGCAGGCUCAAAUCAACAGGGAGCGCUUGAAUGCACUUAGCAGUGCUGUCCUCAGAAAGAAGCCUGAGGAUGAGAGGAGGAAAGAAGCAGUGUUUCUACAAAACGUAUUCAUGAAGGCAUUUGAGGCUUGCCUGGGAGCACGUGGCAGUAGCAAUCGAACAGUGGCAGUGGGAGCACGGGGUAGUGGACCUGGUACAGUGGGAGGGAAGGGUGCACGAAAAGGUGACCCUUGGGUGUUCAUCAAGCAAGUGAUUACGAAGCUGAAGGAAUUGGAAAAGAGAAAAGAUUGUGUGGAGACGAAAGCAGCUGCUGCGGUAAAGGAAUGCUCGCCGCUCAGGUUAACCACUCUUCCACGUUCGUCCUCCCGGAAGAGUCCAAAAGAGGAGCAGGAGCAGCGAGCAGCGAGCAUGGAGGAUAAGGAGAACUCGGGAGUGUUGAGAAGAGGUAACGAUGCGGAGGCGACGACGAGCAGUCGACGUGGUGCUGGUGCUGCUGCAGCUGCAGCUGCAGCUGCCAUAGUCGGCAGCAGCUGUAAAGAGGACAUUUCUCAUGGGAUCAAGCAAGGAGGCAUCGAAUCAGGGCCGCCAGCCGUCUCGCGAGGAGUUCCGGAAAUAGUCGUACGAGCGCGCACGGUCAAGGACGAGUCCCCGGGACUAAAGGAGGUUCAGCAUGUCAAGACUGCGAAGGCCAGGAAGAUGGAGAGGGUCGGCGCCGGGAAGGACAGGGGAGAGAGCUUGAACUUGAAUGACUCGAGCAGCAAGAGGAACAACCAAAUGCGGCACAAUAAGACCGUGAAGUUGCGCGUGCCAGGUGGAGGAGGAGUGGCGGCGGUGAGGAGCCAGGGCCGAACUUCUUGGAAGUCGAAGGAAGAGAACGUGAACCUGGAAACAGUAAGUGACGAGAAGCCGUUUGUUGAGCAGUCGAGAACGGGAGGCCGCGACCGUGAUGAAUGUAGGGUGGGUAGCCAAAGCAUUGCUGCAACAGGGAGUAGCGGGACGCGGAAAACGGAUAGCGAAAGGUGCGGCAAGCAGUCCGGAAAGGGGAAGGUGCAGAAAGAGAUUGUAUCCCCUCCGGGGGUUCCCGAAUCGGAAUGUCGGGAAAGCGAUGUUUCUGCUGACCUCUCGCAAGUUCAGAUACCGACGGAAGAGGACUUUGGCGCAUCGUUACUGCUUCCUGGAGGCGAAACCGAGCAGGAUGGUUGGUUGGGCAUUCUCGACGACGACUUUGGCACGCAGGCGUCAGAGGCACCUUUCGUUUUUGGCCUCGACAUCCCGAUGGAUGACUUGUCUGAUCUGGGGUUAAUGGUGUAACUGUAGCCAUGCAUGCAUGCAUGUUGGUAGGUGCACGUCGGUUCACAUGCUGGGAUCUGCACUUGGUUCCCUGGUGAAUCGGCACGUAACAGACAAUUUAUGGAAUCAGUAAAUCGGUUCUUGUUUUUCAGCGUUGAGUAGCGAUUGCUUACGAUAAAGACUUGCCAAUUGC